UAGGUUCUUACAAGCAGUUGUAAAUCAUGCAAAAACAAGGAAUAGAAUCAUCAAGCUCUAUCGUGUUGUACAUAAAUUAAGCUAGCUGCAAUGGAGCAAGAAGACAAGUUAAAAAGAACUGCAGAUGAUACUGCUAACAUUCUACUGGAGUUUUUUGCAGAUGCUCAACAAGCAAAAGACACUCCAGACAAAACAAGAAAAAGAACUAAAUCCGUGGAGAUAGUAGCAAGAGCUCUGCUAUUGGACGGGAGCAGACAGCCUGUUACCAUCACCGAAACUGAAGAAUUUGUUGUAGUUGAGCUCCCAAGUGGUGCAAACGAAAACAAACACUUAUCUUCUAGUGCUUGCGGUGCAGAAGCUACUCCAGUCAAGAGGCCUGGCACACUGCCACUGUCUGCAGAUCCAGGAGACCCUCCCCUCUUCUCUCCCUGUAGCUCCUAUCCACCUCCAACAAGCAGGAUGCCUGUUCACGCCCAGAGCUCACCUACACUUACUGCAAGGAUUGUUCCAGGCUGCAAUCGUGCAAGCUCUCUGUCCCAGAUGUCUACUUGCUGCCCAUCAGAUCCUAUGAAGAUGCGUGCAAAGGCCAUAGCCGAUCGUUUAAAGAUAAUUGGAGACAUCAUCGAAAACGAUCAAAAGUAUGAGAAAAUAACAGAAAAUCUGGCUACCCUCAUUUCGCCACGCAAUGUUGGACCAAGUGGAUCGAUUUGGCAGCAAGUAACAACUGUCUUUCAAAGUAUCUACAGGAUCUUAACUGAUCUCACUGCAGCGUUCGGUGACUCACGACCACCGGACCAAGACCCGAGAUGGCAGCAAUUCUCUAAGGCAUGGGGGGUACUGAGAGACGACCUCGUUCCACAAAUCAGCUCCUUUGGAGGAUGGGCUGCGUUCUUGAGGGAUACUGCUGCUAUGAUUGUCAGUCCUCGAUCAGAUGACCAUCACAUGAUUGGUUCCCCCUGCCUCCCUCGAACCCUCCCCAUCUCACACAGUACCCCCACUUGUCACCCACGAUCCAGACAGCUGCUGCAAGAAUACCAACCCUCACCGGGCAGCCAGCGUUCUCUGAGGUUCACCCGGUCCCACACCCUGCCUUGUGAGCAACACCCUCGAAAGUUAUGGAGCUUAAGUGAGAGUGGCAGCUUGGUAGACGGCGAUGGAAACGACGAUUUUUCCGAAAGCCUGAAGCUUGAAAGCGAAAAAAGAGAAUCGGAUCAUGAAGGUAGCAGAGUUUCAUUGGAUAGUGUUUCGAGAAUCCUUGAGCAGCGUGGUGACUUUGAAGAUGAGGAUGAGUCAGUGUUUACCAUAGACCUUCCCACACCAAACUCACUAACAAUAGUCUCGUCCCCACACUGCCAGGAAAUAAACGAAACUGAGCCACUUUGCGAUAGCGGACAUGUUUCGUCGUGGUCCAUCUCCUCCACCCCUCCUUCAUUUGUCCUUGGGGGCACUCCCCUUCAUACUGACUCAGCUGUAGAUGUGAGCAGUCCGCAAGCCAAUAGGGAGAAGAUACGACCCAAAAGUGGAUCCUUUGGCAAGCAAAAGGAAGAAGUAUCACCAUUCGACAGAGCACGAUCUCGGAGCAUGCCCAACAGAAUUCCUGGCCGUGAGAGGACCAGGAGAAGAUCGAAUGAGAUUGUAGUGGUAUCGACUGCUCAUCCAUUAUACAACAGUGGAUCAAUCAGCCUGAGCAGUAUCAGCGAGACUGUACUCUACGAAGCUGUGCGAUCGCUAUUGACUUGAAGAACUAUACAACACCCGAAAUUAUGUUUGUACUUUAAUCGUCCAUUUUGUGUGUGUGCAAAUUUUUCAUCUAUUCUCAUCAAGACUGAUCACUUAUAUCAUGCAUAUUUAACUAACACCGAUCAUAAUUAUACUUUUUGUGCAGACCCAUUUCACCUUUCACACAACUGAACCACAUGCUGCGUGUCCUGAUUUUAAAUCACUGGUAUUCCUUCAUAAUGUCCUUUGUCACUAUGUCUAUUGUUUAUAAUUAUGACUGUGCAAAAUCACGAAUUGAAUAUAAUUAUAUUGAACCAUUUUAAACGUUGA